CUUCCCUUUGCAUUGCACUCCAAACUUCAAUCUCCAAGAAGCAAGCUAAGCGAGCCCCCUCUCUUUCUCUCACUCACUCUCUCUGUGCCUGUCUCUCUCUCUCUCUCUCUCUCUCUCUCUCUCUCUCUCUCAAGCAAGGAGCCGGCAAUGGCCAAGGACAUGGAGGUCGGAGGUGGGCACGGCUCGUUUGGGGCGAAGGACUACCAGGACCCGCCGCCGGCGCCGCUGGUGGACGCGGAGGAGCUGGGGAAGUGGUCCUUCUACAGGGCCAUCAUCGCCGAGUUCAUCGCCACCCUCCUGUUCCUCUACAUCACCGUCCUCACCGUGAUCGGCUACAAGAGCCAGAUCGACACCACCAAGGGCGGCGACGAGUGCGGCGGCGUCGGCAUCCUCGGCAUCGCCUGGGCCUUCGGCGGCAUGAUCUUCGUCCUCGUUUACUGCACUGCCGGCAUUUCUGGAGGUCACAUAAACCCGGCAGUCACUUUCGGGCUGUUCUUGGCGAGGAAGGUGUCGUUGGUCCGAGCCGUGCUCUACAUGGUGGCUCAGUGCUUGGGCGCCGUAUGUGGGUGCGGUCUGGUGAAGCAGUUCCAGAAGGCGUACUAUACCAAGUAUGGUGGCGGCGCUAAUGGGCUAAGCGUUGGUUACAGCACGGGCACCGGUUUGGCUGCGGAGAUCAUCGGAACCUUCGUCCUUGUCUACACCGUCUUCUCGGCCACUGACCCCAAGAGAAGUGCCCGAGACUCCCACGUUCCCGUUUUGGCUCCACUGCCCAUCGGAUUCGCCGUGUUCAUGGUCCACCUCGCUACCAUCCCGAUCACCGGAACUGGCAUCAACCCAGCUCGAAGCUUUGGAGCCGCGGUUAUGUACGGCAAGCAAAAGGCAUGGGAUGACCAAUGGAUCUUCUGGGUCGGACCAUUCAUUGGCGCAGCGAUCGCUGCAUUCUAUCACCAAUACAUCCUGAGAGCUGGAGCGGCUAAGGCGCUUGGGUCCUUCAGAAGCUCAUCUGUCAUAUAAAUUUCUCAGGGGGUGGUGCUGCUCUGUCCUGGCUUGAGGAAUAGCCAGGACUUGAGGAUGGAAACUAAAGCUGUAAAAUUUAGCGUUGUUGUUCUCUGCUCGGCACUUUGGUUUUUUUGCUGUGCCCCAAGAAUUAGCUCCAAUCUGCUUUUGCUAUGUUAGCUGCUUCUCCGGUACUUGUCGGCCCUUUUGGCAUGCGGUCAAUGUGUUCAAGGUGCUAUUUACAUGGAUUCCAUGAAUGCAUUUCGUUCGCCUUA